AUGCAUGUGAUCCGAUAUACUCCAAAAUACGCACAAAUAACAUGGGCUUCAUAUAUAAGCAAGCUGCCGUCGUUGCUCAGUUUUUUCUGGCAAUCUCGCCCACUCGCCAUGUCGUCUGCCCAAUUUCUCGAUGCUGCCUCUGCCCUCGACGUCCUUAAAUCCUAUCAGUCCCGCGAUGGUCUCAGCGUCACUGAUCUCAUGGACUCCCCCAUCCAUGGCGGUCUGACCUACAAUGACUUCCUGCUUCUUCCCGGAAAAAUCGACUUCCCCGCCUCUGAGGUCGUGACGGAGAGUCGCAUCACGAAAAAGCUCACUUUGAAGACUCCCUUCAUGAGUAGCCCCAUGGACACCGUGACCGAGAGUGAGAUGGCGAUUGCUAUGGCGCUCUUAGGCGGAAUUGGUGUCAUCCAUCACAAUCAGUCCCCAGAGUCGCAGGCAGCUAUGGUCCGAGCCGUAAAGCGUCACGAAAACGGCUUUAUCACCGAUCCGGUCGUGCUGGCCCCGGAGCAUACGGUCGAAGAUGUAUUGGAUAUCAAGAGGAGGUUAGGUUUCUGCGGUAUCCCCAUCACAGACACUGGCGCACUCGGUGGCAAACUACUUGGUAUCGUCACGUCCCGCGAUGUCCAAUUCCAAGACUCUUCGACCCUCCUCUCUACGAUUAUGUCCACGACCUUAGUCACUGCCCCUCAAGGCAUCACCCUCUCACAAGCAAAUGACAUCCUGCGUGACUCUAAAAAGGGAAAACUCCCCAUCGUUGAUCCCUCCGGUCAUCUCGUAUCUCUGCUCGCUCGAUCUGAUCUAUUGAAGAAUCAGGAGUAUCCGCUCGCGAGCAAGGAUGAGAAAACGAAGCAGUUGAUCGCGGCUGCUGCGGUCGGUACAAGGGAAAGCGACAAGGAGAGAUUGAGGCUAUUGGUGGAUGCGGGUUUGGACGUUGUCAUCUUGGAUUCGUCGCAGGGGAACUCAGUUUACCAGAUCGAGAUGAUCAAAUGGAUUAAAUCCACUUUCCCCUCGUUGGAAGUCAUCGCAGGCAACGUUGUCACGCGUGAACAAGCCGCUUCCCUCAUCGCUGCAGGCGCCGACGGUCUUCGCGUGGGCAUGGGCUCAGGAUCCAUUUGCAUCACUCAAGAAGUCAUGGCCGUAGGCAGGCCGCAAGCAACAGCAGUCUACAAGGUGGCCGAGUUUGCGAAGAAGUUUGGAGUGCCUGUCGUCGCCGAUGGAGGGAUAGGCAAUGUUGGGCACGUGGUCAAGGCAUUGGCUAUGGGUGCGGGGGGUGUCAUGAUGGGAGGCUUGCUGGCCGGGACUGAAGAGGCUCCCGGGGAGUACUUCUGGCAAGGAGGCAAGCGUGUUAAAGCCUAUCGCGGGAUGGGCAGCUUGGAAGCUAUGGAGGGUGGGGGCAACUCCAAUUCCGCGAACAGCAAGGCAGCCUCAAGUAAGGGCGGAAGCGGUGGAAGCGGCGUCAAGGUCAACUCUACAAAGAUGGGCGGAAUCGGCGGGACACCCAAAAACCCCACCAUCAUCGAAAACGCCGCGACAUCUCGAUACUUUUCAGAAUCUUCGUCCAUCAAGGUCGCGCAAGGUGUAUCUGGCGAUGUUCAAGACAAGGGAAGUGUCUUCUCCUUCAUCAAAUACCUCCAUGUUGGCGUGCAGCAUGGUAUGCAGGAUUUGGGAGUGAAGAACCUGAACGAGCUGACUGAGGGCGUUGAGGGCGGGCGGGUCAGGUUUGAGAUCAGGAGCGGUAGCGCUCAGGUCGAGGGAGGCGUUCACGGGUUGAAUUCCUAUACGAAGCGGCUUUUCGCAUAA